GUCAUCCGCAUCGUCGCGGCGUAAGUAGAGGGAAGGAAAUCGCUCCUCAGAUCCGCUCAGCGACCCGAACCCGCCGCCCAGAACCGCUCCAGGUCCUCCCCGAACCGCCACAGGCUUCAGGCAGCCGCCGCUUUCCUUUCUCACCCACCCGCGCUGGACCGUCGGCCAUGGAGAGUCUGCUGGACAACCCCAUGAAAGCCGUGCUGUACCUGAAGGAGCUGACCACCAUCGUGCAGAACCAGCAGAGCCUGAUCCAGACCCAGAGGCAGCGGAUCGACGAGCUCGAGCGGAAGGUGGAGGAUCUGAUCGGCGAGAACCGCCGGCUGAGGGAUCCGCACCCGCAUCCGCAGCAUCCCCAACCCCAGCCGCAGCAGCAGCAGCAGCAUCAGCACCACCAGCAUCACCAACAUCAGCACCACCACCAUCAGCACCACCAUCACCCUCCUGCCCAUCCUCCCCCUCAUCCUCAGCGCGCGGCCCCGAGCAAAGCCGGCGGAGCUUCGGCCCAGGUCGCCGCUGCCGCCGCCGCCUCGGCUCCUCCACCUCCGCCCCCGCAGCAGCUGCAGCUAGUGCCCGCUACCACCCCGCCUCCUGUGCUGCCGUCCCCCAGCCAGCCGAGCCCGGACACCGAGGACGACGAGCGGAGGAGCCCGCGCUGCAAGUCGCUCCUGCCGCAGACUCCCACCAGCCUGUGCCGCUCGGUGGGACUGGCCAGGAAAGCUGAGAACCAGACAGUGCUGCACCAGUUCUGCUGCCCCGCUCCGGACGCUCCCGAGGCCGAGUCUCAGGCCUGCGUACCCAGCAGUGAAGAGACUCCCCCUGCCUCUCCCGUCACUUCGCCGUCCCCCUGUGGAGCCCCUGAGGGCCCCGAGAGGCCUCCGGAUGGAGGGAGCCCGGCCACACCUGUCGACGGAGGAGGAGGAGGAGGAGGAGGGGGGGACGGAGGAGGAGCCGAGGGGUCGGAAGCGACGGAGGCGGAAACGAGGGUGGGAGAGAGUGAGAUAGAAGACAGAACUCCAGACCAAGCACAGCAGGCCCAGCCACAGGUCCAGGUCCAGCACCAACCCCAUCAACAACAACAACAGCAGCAGCAGCAGGAGGAGGAGGAAGAGGAGGAGGUGGAGGAGGAGGUGGAGACGGAGGAGGACGUGAAGAAAGAAGCCGAGGACGAAGAGGCCGGAGGAGGGCGAGGAGGGACAGGGGGCGGCAGGAGGCCCAGCCUGCACCACACAGCCUCCCCAAUCAGGGUGCAGAGGAACGGGGCCUGCAGCCACUCCACCGCGUCCGACUACGAACUCUCGCUCGACCUCAAAAACAAGCAGAUCGAAAUGUUAGAGCACAAAUAUGGAGGCCACCUCAUCUCACGCCGUGCCGCCUGCAAGAUUCAGACAGCCUUCCGCCAGUACCAGCUCAGCAAGAACUUUGAGAAGAUUCGCAACUCCCUCCUGGAGAGUCGCCUGCCUCAUCGCAUAUCCCUGCGCAAGGUGCGUGUGCAAAAUGCUGAGGGGUUUUCCGCUGAGCGGGCGCUGGCUGAAGGCUGCUCCAUGGCGGGCAUCCCCCUGGUCCGUUCCCCUUCCCUUCCUACGACUGUUGGAGGCACCCUCACCGACCUAGAGGACUCUUUCACUGAGCAGGUGCAAUCCCUGGCCAAAUCGAUUGAUGAUGCUCUCAGCAAUUGGAGCUUGAAGACCAUGUGUUCCUUGCAAGAGGGAGGCACCUACCAGUUCAGCUCUGAGGCCUUCAGUGCUGCAGGUGCCAAGCCUGCAAUGGCAGGAACUAUAGUGGAGGGUGGUCCAAUAGAUCCGAAUGUCCUCCAGAGUGGUAUGGGCCAGGGGGACAACUCUGAGAAUGUGGCCCGGAGUGCCAGCAAGUUGAUGAUGGCCUUCCGGGACGUGACAGUCCAGAUCGAUAGCCAGAACUUCCGUAUGUCCUCCUCUGUCAUGGAGUCCUCCACUUCUGUAUCCCUUGGAAACUGCAUCCAGCAAGGGGCUGCAGUAACUGAGUGUGCAAAACUGUCCCCGGUGGAAGAAGCAACACCACAAGAACAGUUUGCUCAGCCUCCCCAAGAGCCAGCUCCCCCGCCUCCAGAGCUAGACCUUGGGGAAGUACCAGACGGAGAUUUUCCGGCACCACCACCAAGCGAAGAGGAAUUUCAGGAAGAAUUACCACCUCUAGCCCUGGAGAAGACCGAGAUCCCCGGGCCCGAGGUGCCACCUCCAGCAGAGGCAGUAUUAGAGGCUGUUCUGCCACCAGAGGUUCUGGGGACUCCAGUAGCCCCUAAUGUAGAGGUUCUAGAGGCCAAGCGCAGCGAGUCGGACCCGGCGGAUAAUAGCUCAGAGCAGAUGAGCAGCAGCAGCACAUCCACAUCUGCCAGAUCUGCCUCUGAAGCCUCGUCCAAAGAAGCCUUGCAGACCAUGAUGCUCAGUCUACCCCGUUACCACUGUGAGAACCCUGCAAGCUGCAAAUCCCCUACCCUCUCCACAGACGUCAUGCGCAAACGCCUCUAUCGCAUCGGCCUCAACCUCUUCAAUGUAAAUCCUGAUAAGGGUCUGCAGUUCCUCAUCUCCCGCGGCUUUAUUCCGGACACGCCCAUUGGUGUGGCUCACUUCCUGCUGCAGAGGAAGGGGCUGAGCCGGCAGAUGAUCGGAGAAUUUCUCGGGAACAGCAAGAAACCGUUCAAUAGAGAAGUGUUAGAUUGCGUGGUGGAUGAGAUGGACUUUUCCGGGAUGGAGUUGGAUGAGGCUUUGAGAAAGUUCCAGGCUCAUAUCCGUGUGCAGGGCGAAGCGCAGAAAGUGGAGCGGCUCAUUGAGGCAUUCAGUCAGCGCUACUGCAUGUGCAACCCAGAUGUGGUGCAGCAGUUCCACAACCCGGACACCAUCUUCAUCCUGGCCUUCGCCAUCAUCCUCCUCAACACUGACAUGUACAGCCCCAACAUCAAGCCUGACCGCAAGAUGAUGCUGGAGGACUUCAUUCGUAACCUGAGGGGAGUAGAUGAUGGAGCAGACAUCCCCCGGGACAUGGUGGUGGGCAUUUAUGAACGAAUUCAGCUGAGAGAGCUCCGCUCCAAUGAAGACCACGUCACCUACGUCACCAAAGUGGAGCAGAGCAUUGUGGGAAUGAAAACAGUUCUCUCAGUUCCACACAGAAGACUGGUCUGCUGUAGUCGACUGUUUGAAGUGACCGACAUCAACAAAGCCCAGAAACAAGCUGCUCACCAGAGGGAGGUCUUCCUCUUCAACGACCUCAUCGUGAUACUGAAGCUGUGUCCAAAGAAAAAGAGCUCCGCUGCCUACACCUUCUGCAAAGCCAUGGGCCUGCUGGGCAUGGGGUUCCACCUGUUUGAGAACGAGUACUAUCCUCAUGCGAUAACCAUCGUGUCUCCGAUAUCUGGCUCGGAUAAGAAGCAGGUGCUGAACUUCUGCACUCAGAGCUCUGAGGAACUGCUGAAGUUUGUGGAGGAUCUGAAGGAGUCCAUCGCGGAGGUGACGGAGAUGGAGCAGAUACGAAUUGAAUGGGAGCUGGAGAAGCAGCAGGGGUCAAAGACUCACUCUUCCAAAAACAACGGCACCCAGCUGGAGCUCAGAGGGAGACAGAGUUCUCCAUCGGGUAAGAGGGACAUUGAGGCGGUGGCGAGUGGACACAACGCGGUAGAGGUGUCAAUUCACAACAGGCUUCAGACGUACCAGCUCAGCGCGGCGGCAGCAGCGGCAGCAGCAGCGGCGGUGCAACCGCGGAGCCCAGAGAGCGUGGCCCUUCUUAACCACCGGGGGGAGCUCUACCAGCAGCCCCAGCCGCCACAGCCCCAGCAUCAGCCGCCGCUGCAGUGCGUCAGCCCCACGCCCUCGCACUCCCACCAGCCCGUGGCCGCCCUGAGCGACCUGCGGCCCGACACGCUCAUCCAGUGCCAGCAGAUCGUCAAGGUCAUCGUCCUGGACAAGGGCGGCCACGGGCGCGUGGAGGCCUUCCUCAGCCAGAGCCCAGCGCACCACCACCAACACCACCACCACCACCACCAUCACCAGCAGAUCAUCCAGUCCGUCGUCUCCACGCCCGUGCGCUCGCCGGACGGGGGCGGUUCCCAGCGGGAAAAGGACGGUUCCCAGCCCCCGCUGCCACCACCCCCGCCACCCUACAACCAUCCGCAUCAGUACAUCCCCCCGGACCCUCGCUUAUCCCUACAGAGGACCCCCAGCGGCUCUCGAAGUAUAGUGUAGAGCCCAAGAAAAGACCCUAAAUAUCUAAAUUAUAUACAUAUGUAUUAAGUUAUAUGAAAGAAAUGACCUUCACCACCGUAUAUAUGUAUAUAUAUAUCUCUAUAUAUAUAUAUAUACGCUUACCUUUGACGUCACCUGCUGUGUGUAUAUAUAUAUAUAUGUAAAGACUGUAAAGAGAUUUAAUGAGAAAAGAUAUGAGAAAAAAAUACAUAUCUAUAGGCAUAUAUAUUUAAGCUACAUGAAUUAAAUGAAACAAAAAAAUAGGAUUGAAAGUGAAAAAAGAAAAAUAUGUAAUUUAUUAUUAUUAAUAUGUACCUUUUCAGAAAUAUGCGAAAUAAGAACAGAAGAAAUGAAAAGAUCUACUUGAUUUACUCCUGUGUAUUUUGAACAAGAAAAAGAACAAAAAAAAAACAUACAUAGUUUUAACAAAUUUAACGAAUUCUUUUUGAAACAGAGCUCCGACAGGUUGUCCCGCUCAGAAUUUCUCUGGUAUUUUUAGAGCUAGGCUAGAAAAUGAACUUUACGACCCAACAACACGACCUGAGUCCGGCGGCAGCCUGUCCACGAGCCACUUCUGACUUCUGAUUGACUGAUAUCUUAGUCUUUUAUUACCUUACUGUAAUACCUGUUUGUACCUGUGUGUACGUACGUAUGUGCGAGCAUUGGACUGGCGGAUGAUGUACUGUACGUGCCAAAAUGAGAACAACCCUUCCCCCUUUACACCCCACGAUGAAACCGUUGCACUCUAAGAAAGCUUAGGGCUAGAUUGGACUUUUGCUUAUGUGCUUAUGAUACUGUACCUUUUUUGGCUUCCCUCAAGGACUGUGAUGAUAAAGAGCGAAACAAUUGAAUCGCAAAUUUGAGAAAUCUGAACAAAAAUCUGAAACCUGCAAUAUUGCUUUGUAAAACUUUUGUUGAAACCUUUUGCCUCUAUAUAUAUGAUCAACUCUGUACUUUUUCGGAAUCCAAACCUACUAAACAACUAGACAUCCAUUGGUUUCUUCUCCUGGUAUUCAUAUUUAAAAGCAGGUACGUACAGUACAGUAUAUAGUACAGUAAAGUUUGAGGACGACACACGAUGACCAAUCACGGCUCACUGCCAAACCGAGAGCCACCAAUCGCAGCCAGUCUUCGGGAACCCUUCGCAGUGGCUGUUGUUCUCUUGCUCAGGAAUCCUGGAACGUAUAUGUGAAGGCAACAGUGGCGGUGUCAAAUCUUCGUCAGGUCUUCGUCAGGUUCGUCGAGAACUCCGUCAAGAACUUUUGUCGCAAACUUCGUUAAAAAAAAAAAAAAAACAACUAAAAACUAUAUGUAGCAUCUUCAGAAAGCAGGAGGCACUCACGACAAGGAGUUUUUAUCUAGCUUCCCUUUUUUUGGACACUAAUAUCCCAAAAUGUCUGUCGGUGUCAUCUUUACGAUGUUCCCUGACGGAUAUAUACUGACCCUCUCUCCCUCUAUCGUUAACUCUCUUGUCAGUGUAUCAUCAUGUUCAGUACUCACUGGCUUUAUUGAACUAAUCAGUCACCCCUAACAGACCUGGACAUACAGUAGUACAGUUCUGGUCAGUUUCACAAUCGGUUCUCUUUCCUGUAACUUCUCCUUCCUGAUGACCUUUUGUUUGGCCUUUUCAAACUUUAAGUGACACUUGAAACAUCACCUGAUGCGCGUCUUCAUCGCCGUCGCCGUCGUCGUCAGCACAGAAACACUUUAAACCUGAAUGUUCGUCUGCUUCGCUCUGAUUGGAGCCGGAGGAUGGAAAGGUUGAACAACGGCUUUGUUUGUGUUUGUUUUCUGUUUGUUUCCAAGUGUGUAAAUAUCAUAUCCAGAGCCUGAAUGGGGGAGGAGUCCACGUCGAUGUCAAUGUCGUUUCAGGUCCAGUAAAUGUUACCAGUCCACGAGCCGUCCUUAUCGGAGGUAGGUCAUCGUCUGCCUGGUCUGGAAGCCUCCAUGUUUUAAUCAUGAGCACCGUUGGCAUGUGUUGAAUAGGUGUUCCUCAGAACUCCUCUGCUCUGUUAUCAGCACAGAGAGCUUUGUUCAUAAUUACAUUGCUGCUGUUUGGAGCUCUACUAUCUGAUCCUGUCUCCCUCAUUUCAUUCCCCUUCAUUUCAUUUCAUUUCAUUUCCAUAUAGGGUAACAGAACAGAGGAUGCAGUUUCAGUUCCACUGUUAGGAGAAGCAGAGGAGGAGAGAGCCAAUCUCGUUAGAGCUGGUGAGCAGUCAGGGUUGAUUUAGAAGAUACAGACUUGUGUCGAUUGGACAGCAGCAAAUUGACUAUCCCCAUCUAUUCCCAUCUACUCUCCUCAUUGCUGCACCAGCCUGCACCCACAAACCAAACAAAAUGAGCCACCCAACUUGACCUCUGUCCUUUACUAAGGAGAACACCAUGCUUCCUCCAUCUGCCAAGUCUGAAUUUAAUUGGAAAUUUUGGAGACCUUGGAGAUAUGGGGCUGUAUUACAGAAACAAACAGUAACAAAUUUUCAAGUAUAUCCACAGCAUCUUAUUUUAGGGUGUUUUUACACUGUUUACUUUGGUUAAAACAAACUCUGGUUCAUUUGAACCCUCGGUAAAGUUCAUUUUGGCUGACGUGAAAACAGUAAUUGCUCUCAAGUGAGGACCAAAACAAACGCACUGCGACCCACAAGACGUCUCCAUUCAGUCCCAAACCAAAUUUAGAACGUUUGAUUUUCUUUGAGAGAAAGAGCUGUUCAGUUGCAGUUUAACCUGAUUUAUUACCCACAUAAUGAAUACAGCUCUUAAAAAAACGCUCUCUAUGCUGCUGCUGCUCCAUGCUAAGCUGUUUGCACAUUUACUGUAAAAUGAAUGUGCAGCGCUCGCUGCAACAUAAGUUAGACAUGAACUUUUUUUGUGAACAAGAACUGUCUAUUUUAAUCAUUUGAGCUUUGAGCAAGCAGUGUUGUAAAUGUGGUUGCUAUUAAAACAAAUGCUUUACCAUUUUAAAUUAUUAUUAUUAUGUUGCAUGGCCACAAAUCCAAUGCAUAUCCAGUCUAGGUCCACAUCUCACUCAAAGGAACUUAAAUCUGAUUUGGCAUGUCCACCAGUCCUGAUAGAGAAGUCACAUUAAUGCAAAAAAAUCUGAUCUGAUCUGAAAUAGUUUUAGCCUGGUAAUGUGAAUGUUCUUUAAAUCUUUCCUCAUGUUGAGAAAAUGAGAGACCCCACGCAUAAAGACAUUUUUCACAGAUUUUUCGGUAUUAUAAAAGAGCAAGUGUACGACCCUUAAAACCUUGUGGGAGUUUCUUACAAACUGGAGGUUUCACGUCAAUGGAUUUUGCUGCUAGUUUUUAACAAUUUUUGCUCCUAAAAAACAAGAAAAAAGAAAGAAUUUAUAGGUGAUAUGUACUUCAAUGUGAGUCGAAGGCGAAUAUAUACACCUUGUUGGUCAGCUCAGCUCUCAUUGGUUGACAGUAUCCAUGAGGGGGUCAAAGUUACUUUCCACCAAAGAAUCACUGCAGGAUAUAGGAUACGAUCGGGGCAGAGCAACGGCUUUUGGAGAAGAUCUAAGCACUAAAAAAAUUUAAUUUAGACACCACCUACUCUAAAGGACUGUAUGAGAAGAUCAUUGUUUUUUAAAUCACCUUAAAAUCGUGAGAAUAUUAUUCACGAUUGGCAGGAAGAUCAUAUCGGCCUUAAGAUGGAUUUCCUGCAUGAUUAUCCUGUAGUGUGAGCCAGGCAUUACAUGUUUCUGUAAUUCAGCUCCUACACCUUGUUUUAAAUAAGUAUUUUUUUUUUUUACAGAUUUCAGACAUGGAAGCUCCAAAACCACAAAGUCGGCAUCAAAUGGGGUUCAAAUUCCUUCAGGGUGAAUCGAUUCCGUCAAUAACAUACGAAUGAAAUAUUGAGUGAAUGCAGUUCAUAUUUGCCCUCCUCUAUCACAGAUAGUCCUCCUCACACUCCCUCAGGGGGGCAGCGCGUGGGUCAGGGAGACAUCGCGGUGAACUGUGUAGCACUUUCAGUGCUUUUGUGAAGUGCGUGUAGUGCCUGAAACUUCAGACAGAAUCAGAGUAUCUGUGCUAACGGGGUGGAGGCUUCACACAUGCAGCCAAAGGCUACAAAGCUAACUCUGGAUUUAAGUGCUAUUGAAAGGGCUAGUGCACUGGUACCUGAGUUCAAACCGCACUGACUCUAAAUCAGGCUGACAGGGUGUACUCGAGGGGCUCGGACAUCGGAUUCGGAUCUAUUCGGUCACAUUUUCCCCGUUUGCUUUGACCCGUUCUGUUCUCUGUCUAUGAGUUAACGACAUGCUAUUAAACUUAUUUCUGUCUAUACUCUUAA